AUGACGGCGCUCUCGCGGCUGUUCGUCCUCGUCGGGCUCCUAUCACUGUUCCAUGCGGCCUAUUCCGCCCACGAAUUUUCAACGCUCUCCACCAAACUCCACAAGAAUGCCGCACUGCCUUUAGACAUCAAGCUCGAGACCCUUGUGUCUGUGUUUCUGGCGUGUUUUGGUCUCGUGCUGGGCUCCGACCCGUUGAAGCCGGUUAGUUGGAGCGCGUGGGCCGGACAGAUUGAACGAGAUGGCGGAAAAGCAAAUCCCUUCCGAGGCCUGGAGGAGCGGGUGGGAUUCAUGGAUAUCAGAGCGCAGAGAAGAGAGUUCGCGGACUGGGCGAAACAGCAGGGAGGGGCAUAA